AUGGCAAAUAAGCAGCCGUUAAAGACGACGUUUGACGUAGACCACGUCAUCCGCCCUAUAUUCACUGGAGGAUCAGUUUCUAUCAGUAAUGACGCCCGCAUCCUAGCGACAGCCCUCGGUGAGGAUGCAGUUCUCACUGAUCCUACCAACGGCAAGCACUUGGCUCAAGUUGAGGGUGACGGAGAGCUCAUUUCUACAUUAACCUUAACGCCCUCUGGAUCCCAUCUCAUCAUCUGCUCCCGCUCCUUGUCCAUGAGAGUCUAUUCUCUGAAACGAUCUCAGGAUGACGGAACCAUUGAGGCUACUCCCACGAGAACAGUCAAGGCUCACUCAACCCCAGUUGGUGUGCUUGCAGUUGAUCGAACUAGCACAUUGCUGGCCACUGGAGGAACCGACGGAGCUGUCAAAGUCUGGGACAUUGUCGGCGGCUAUGUCACCCAUACUUUCCGUGGAUCUUCAGUCUUGGUAUCAUCUCUUCGAUUCUUCGAGGCUGCCUCUCGUUCAAAUGAGAGCCAAUCGCGAAAGGGCAAGAAAUCCAAGCGCCAGGAGGAGUCUGAUGAGGAAGAGGAGAACUCCACCACUAUCAACUUCCGUCUUGCGUGCGGUCAACAAGAUGGCAAGGUUCGUGUAUGGGACUUGCACAAGCGCAACUGCGUGGCCAAUCUGGACUCGCACGUUUCGGAUGUCCAGGGACUUGACUACUCACCCGAACAACAUGCCUUGGUCACCGCUGGCAGAGAUAAGACCAUUACUUGGUGGGAUGCCAAGUCCUGGAAGAUUCGCAAGGUCGUGCCUUGCUUAGAGUUGGUGGAAACAGCUGGCUUCAUUGAUGAUGGAAGCUUGACCUACUCCGCUGGUGCCAAUGGUUCCCUCCGAAUUUGGGAUACCGAUACUGGGAGGGAAGUUACUCCCGAACAACCUGCGAAAAGCGAAGAGGAGGGUAUUGUGUCUGGCAUUUAUCGCCCGGGACUGCCUUUUAUCCUCCUUGUUCAGGUCGAUCACACUCUCGCGCUCUACAAGCCACCUCAAAAAGCAGACGCUUCCUCCUUGUCCGCACCCGAGCCCUUCCGAAGGAUAUCCGGUACACACGACGACAUUAUUGAUCUGGGUUACCUACUCCCUGACCGUUCAAUGGUCGCCUUGGCCACAAACUCUGAGGAUGUGAGGAUCGUGUCUGUUGCAGAGGCACAGAACCAGGACGACGGAGGCAAUUUGGAUUCCGAGUCUAGUCCUUACUUCGGUCAAGACGUUGCUCUCUUGAAGGGCCACGAUGAGAUCGUUAUUUCACUAGAUAUUGACUGGUCAGGCCAUUGGAUAGCAACAGGAGCGAAAGAUAAUACUGCCAGGCUUUGGCGCAUCGAUCCUGCAAACAACUCUUACACUUGCUGGGCUACCUUCUCUGGUCACGCUGAAUCGUUGGGUGCUGUUGCGCUUCCCAAGAGCGUUCCCUCGGAAUCCUCGCCUGCUAGAACCGAUCCCCUCAACAACCCCCCAGCGUUCCUUGUUACAGGUUCCCAGGAUCAAACGGUCAAGAAAUGGGAGAUCCCUCGCACAGCUCAACAACAAGGCACCAAAAGUAGCUCUCGUGCUAUCUUUACCCGAAAGGCGCACGACAAGGACAUCAAUGCCAUCAACAUCCACCACUCGAACCAGCUCUUUGCGUCUGCGUCCCAAGACAAGACAGUCAAGAUUUGGUCUGCAGAGGAGGGUGAAGUUCAGGGCAUUUUACGCGGACACAAGCGUGGUGUUUGGUCGGUGCAGUUCUCUCCUGCUCAGGUACCGGCAAUUCAGGGUGAAGACGGACCUGUUACUGGAAAGGGCGUUGUGCUUACCGGCAGUGGUGAUAAGACUAUCAAGCUCUGGAACCUUGCUAACUACACUUGUAUAAGGACCUUUGAGGGACACUCCAACAGUAUCCUGAAGGUUGCGUGGUUGAACAUGCCUACCAGCCAAGAACAGUCCAAGAAGCAACGAGUUCUGUUCACUAGUGCCGGUGGUGAUGGUCUCGUAAAGGUUUGGGACGCCAACUCGGGAGAAACUGAGUGCACUCUUGAUAACCACGAGGAUCGCGUUUGGGUUGUGGCUGUUCACCCCGAGAACAACACCAUUGUGUCUGGCAGUGGUGACUCGACUGUCACUUUCUGGAAAGAUACAUCAUCCGAAACUCAAGCUGCAGCGUCCCAGGCUGCACUCAAGGUGAUUGAGCAGGAGCAGGAGCUUGAGAACCAUAUCCAUGCCGGUUCAUUCCGUGAGGCUAUUACACUCGCGUUGCAGCUCAACCACCCUGGAAGACUACUCAGCUUAUUCACUUCAGUCACCACAACAAACAAUCCUGACAAGGGUAGUCUCAGUGGGUUGAGAGCUGUGGAUGAGGUGCUUGCUAGUUUGUCUGACGAGCAGAUUUUCUUACUUCUUCUAAGAUUACGUGACUGGAACACAAACGCGCGUACCGCUCCUGUGGCCCAGAGGAUUCUGUGGACUUUAAUUAGAAGCUAUCCUGCUUCCAAGUUCUCGAACUUGUCAGUCAAGGGAGCCAAGGGACAAAAGAGCUUGAAGGAUGUGCUUCACGCUCUUCGAGUGUACACUGAGAGACAUUACAAGCGAACAGAGGAGUUGGUUGACGAGAGUUAUCUGGUGGAAUAUACCCUGCAGGAGAUGGACGACCUCGCGCCCAUGCUGGAAGAUGAGAAAGCUCUGCUACAGGACGGCAGUGAAGAUGUUGUCAUGGCUGGUUGA